GCUUAAAAUAAUUACGAUAAAAUAAUACGAUGGGUGAAGACAAUUUAAUAAACGACAUCUGUAUGAAUCUUCAAACGAAAGGCGAUACAACGAAGGACGAGAUAUUCCUAUUGCCAGGAAUCGAAGGUUGUGGAAAUAUUUUCUAUUCUUUGGCGCCGAAAAUUGAAGCACCAGCAACAUGCUUACAAUAUGGGACAUACAAUAUCGACAAAAAUUGUAACACAGUAGCCGAUAUCGUUGAUAGUAUCUUCAAACAUAUGAUACAAAGAAUCAAAUCUAAGCAAGAUUUCCUUAUAAUCGCCUAUUCGUAUGGAACGUUAAUUGCGAUCGAGUUAACAAGAAGGUUGGAAAAUAUGCACUUCCAAGGCCGAUUGGUGUUCAUCGACGGCGCACCUGAACAGUUAAGAGCAUUGUUAAAUCAAAUUAUAUUUGGCGCUACAACUGAGGAACUUGAGAAUAAUAUUCUUCUAAGUAUAAUGGAUAUUUUAGAGCCAACGAUUAGUGGAAAGCUUUUCCUGGAACUGAAUAAACUUAUUAACUGGGACGAUAAGCUAAAUAUGUUUGUAAAACUUCUUCCUCCGUUAUAUAUGAAAUUCUCUGCCGAAUCUAUGAAGUCUCUAUGUUUAACAAUUUACAAACACGUGCAAGCAUUAUAUAAGUAUAACAUAACGGAAUUACCGAAAAUUACGUCACCCGUAAUACUUCUUAAGCCAACCACAAUGUCGCUGAAUUUUCCUCAUGAGGAUUAUGGCCUCCAUAAGAUUACCACUGGAAAUGUGCAGGUGCAUUAUAUCGAAGGAAAUCACUUUUCGAUAUUGUACAACGACAAAGUUGUAGCUACUAUCAAUGGGCAAUAUAUUGAUGUAAUAUAUUGGUAUAUUAAUAAUGGAAAACAAUGA